UAGCUUUCUCGUCUGGAUUCGCGCAUGCUCUUAAUUUCUGCGUGAUCCGGAUCUACGGAUUCGUUUUGGAUCCUUCGACUAAAGCUUUAUUUAUGGAACUAAGAACAGAAAUGUGCAGUAUUGUUUGCAUAUAAUAUUAAUCGGCUAUUCUUUUAUUUCUCAUUGACCUGUGCAUCUUUAAAGCAGUAAUUUUUGUAAUUUAAUUUACCUUUAAUAUUUCAAAAUGUCACGACUCUUUCUUAAAAAGGAAAUAUCAGUGCAGGAUUUAGAAAAAGGUGUAGAAUUUGAAGUUGAUGAAGAAGACAAUAAUUCUUCUGAUGAUAAUUUUGAUGACGUUACGUUUGAUAAAGAUUGUGAACUUUUAGCUGAGUAUGAUGAUUCUGUGAAACCAAGAUUUGUUACUGGCGUCAAUGUUCCUUUCAGUCAUUUAAAAACCAGAAUGACACCUAUUACUGAGGAUGGUUUAGUUUUAAAAGAGGUUUUGAAACAAGGUGUUGGUGGUCCAAUUCCUGAAAAAUCCAUAGUUUAUAUUCAUUAUGAUGCUUUCUUGGAAGGAAGGACGGAAACGUUUGAUUCUACCCGUCUUAGAGAUAAACCUUUCAAGUUUCUGUUUGGUGAUGGAAGACUGCUUCCUGGAUUAGAAAUUGGUAUUCAAACUAUGAAAACAGAUGAACUAUCUAGAAUACUGGUCAGCUCAAAAUAUGCUUUUGGACCAAUGGGAUGUCCACCUCGAAUUCCUCCAAAUGCUGAACUUUUAUAUGAAGUACAAGUAUUGAAAUUUACUCCUGGUAAGGAUGCAGUGGAGUUUGAAGAAAUGGCACCUGAAGACCAGAAAAAGGCUCCCUUUGAAAAAAUUGUAGGCGUUUAUCAAUGUGAUAAUAAGUUGGCAAAUGAAUUGUUUCAUAAAAAAAUGUUCAAACCAGCUAUUGCUCGUUAUCGGCGCAUAGUAACAUUACUUGAAGAAGUCUCAGUAGCCAAUGAAGAAGAGGAUGAGCAACGUAAGGGAUAUCUGCUCAAGUUAUAUUUAAAUCUUGCCCAAUGUUACUUGAACAUACAGAAUCCCAAAAAAGCUAUAAUUUAUGCAGAUUUGGCUCUAAAAAUUGACCCCAGUAACCCAAAAGGUUUAUAUCGAAUGGGUAAAGCAUCAUAUUUGACAGGCAACUAUGAAAGAGCUGAACAUUAUUUCUGCAAGGCAAAAAAAUACAAACCCUAUGAAAAUUGUAUAAAUAUGGCAAUCAAAGAACUGGAGAAAAAGCGCAAGGCACAUCUCGAUUGGGAAAAGAUGUUUUGCAGACGAAUGUUAGGAUCUGAAGAAGAAAAUGGAAAGCCUUUCCAAUUGGAAGAACCUCCAGAGUUUGUAGACAUUAUUGAUAAAGAGAUCAAUAAAUUUGUUGAAUCAGAUGAACAAGAAUUACAUUUCCAACCAACUUACACUGAAAGCCAAUUAGAUGUAGUCAAGUUUCUUGCCCAGACAUAUAAUUUAGCCUAUGUUUCAAAAAUUAUGAAUGGUGUGAAGAUCAACAAAGUUGUGAAAAAGGCAUGUUUGAAUUAAAUACUUGUAUUAUUCUAACAGUAUUCUAUUAUGAUAAUCUUAAAAUGGAUACUGUUGUACAUGCAACAAAAUUUUUCGUACAUUUUUUCUUUUUUUUAAUCAGUAUUGUAUCAUUAAACUUUUCUUUGGUCUUUCAUUUUUCAACUUGUAAAUUAUUUUGUAUCAUAAAUCAUUUUAUUUUAAGACUUUGAAGCAUUUGUUAGUUUUGGAAAGUUGUUUUUUGUCCCACUUAUUUGAAUGUGAUUUUCAUUUCAAAGGAUGUGUAUAUAGUUUCAAGUUGGAGUAUAUCGUAAAAAUACAAGUAUGACAAUUUUUUUUUAUCCUGUGAACAGAAAUAUCACUUAAAUUUUUAAAAGUUUUUCAACUAAUUAUCAACAUAAUAAAAAUAUGUGCAUUUAUUUCUUUCGCAUAUUGAUUUUGUAAGUUUUCAUUUUUGAAAAAUGGAUAAAUCUUUUAUGAUAUCUUUAAUAUGAAAA